UCAAGGAGGGGCAUAAACACACUUCAGGUGCCCUUGAAUCGGUUUUUCUAAAGAGAUCUCUGCUGGAUCUCCCUCACUGCGCUCCGCCCGGUGCUUGAGGACAGAAGAUGCCCAGGCAGUUCCUCUGCCCAGUGUUCGUCUCGUCUCUGUGGUUGGCACUGAUAAUCCAGUCUCUCAUCUCCUCUGCCGCUACCUACAAGAGACCUGUGUCCGGAGGGAAGAGACAGAGCUUUCUAGAGAGAACCUUGAUUUUACUAGACGUGAAUACUCGAAGUCCGGUGAAGGUUUUGAAUGACAACUUCCUCUCGUUGCAGUUGGAUCCAUCGAUUAUAAAGGAUGGCUGGCUGGACUUUUUAAGCUCCAAGAGGUUAGUCACUCUGGCCCGGGGACUUUCUCCAGCUUAUUUGAGAUUUGGAGGCAAACGGACAGACUUCCUGCAGUUUCAUAACCUGAAGAAUCUCGCAAAGUUUAGAGGACCUGGACCAGACUAUUACCUCAAAAACUAUGAAGAUGACAUAGUGCGCAGUGACUUCGCCCUGGACAAGCAGAAGGGCUGCAAGCUGGCCAGCCACCCAGACAUGAUGCUGGAACUGCAGCGAGAGAAAGCAGCUCAGAUGCAGCAGGUUUUGUUGAAAGAACAGCUCUCCAACAUCUACAGCGAUGUUACAAUAACAGCCAGGUCUUUAGACAAACUGUACAACUUUGCAGACUGCGCGGGGCUGCACCUGAUCUUUGGUCUGAACGCUUUACACAGAAAUCCAGACAACUCAUGGAACUCAUCCAGUGCCCUGAGUCUACUCAAAUACAGUGCCAGCAAAAAAUACAACAUCUCCUGGGAGCUCGGCAAUGAGCCAAACAGUUACCACACAAUAGCUUCUGGAUCAGUCAACAGCUCUCGACUGGCUCAGGAUUACACUCUUUUGAGGACGUUACUGCAGUCGGUGCGUUUCUACAGCCGAGCUAACCUCUACGGACCCAAUGUCGGCUGUCCUCGUAAAAAUGCAGUCCUGUUACUAGACGGGUUCAUAAAAAAUGGUGGUUCUGUGGUUGAUGCAGUAACGUGGCAACAUUACUACAUUGACAGGCGUGUAACAAAAGUGGAAGACUUUAUGAAGACAAGACUUCUGGACACCCUGUCUGAGCAGAUUACCAAGGUGUUAAAGAUUGUUCAAACUCACACUCCUGAGAAGCGUGUGUGGCUAGGUGGAGUUGGUCCUUCUUGGGCAGGGGGCACCAAUAAUUUGUCAGACACAUUUGCUGCUGGUUUUCUGUGGCUCAACACUCUUGGUAUUGCUGCAGCUCAGGGGAUUGAUGUUGUACUCCGACAUUCUUUUUUUGAUUAUGGAUACAGUCACCUUGUCGACCAGCAUUUCAAUCCUUUACCUGAUUACUGGUUAUCUCUGCUCUUUAAACGUCUGGUGGGCCCCCGGGUGCUUGCAGUGCAUGUUGCAGGCCUACAGAGAAAACCACAACCUGGACGAGUGAUCCGAGACAAACUCCGCAUCUAUGCACACUGCACCAGCUUUCACAAUCACAAAUAUAUCAGAGGAUCCGUAACAAUUUACAUCAUCAACCUGCAUCGUUCAAGAAAGAAAAUCAAGCUGGCCGGUACAUUACGAAAUAAAACCGUUCACCAGUACCUGUUACAGCCCUUCGGCACAGAUGGACUUCACUCCAUGUCUGUGCAGCUGAAUGGCGAACCUUUGCUUAUGGUGGACAAUGAGACGUUCCCCGAGCUCAAACCACGGACACUCAGGGCAGGACAAACAAUAGCUAUGCCACCCAUGUCAAUUGGGUUCUAUGUCAUCAAGAACAUUAAUGCUUACGCCUGCCGCAGAUAACACACACUAACCGACCUCAGAUGAUCUUCUGUUCAAUGCAUCAGCCCCUUGUGGCAUUCUUCUCUGUUUAUUAUUCCAAGGAAAUGUGGAAAAGACCCACCCUUCUUUCAAGCAAGGGUUGCACUGAACGCCUUUCAACAACAUUUCUCCUAUUUUAUUUGUUAUUUUCUGCAAGCAAAGCUUGACUUGUGGAAAGUGAAUGUAUUUUCUGUCAGUUGUUUGUGUUUUUAUUGCCGCUGUGUUCAUUUGCAGGGUUUUUUUUUUUUUUGCUUUUGAUUUAGUUUUGUCAUUGUAAGCUACAAACCUAGUGCCAAUGUUCCUGGAUCAAGAUCCAUGUUGGCCCUAAAGUAACAUUCCUAUCAACCAAUCACAUUUUAACACUGGGCUGAGUGUAGUAUCAUUUCCCUUGGAUUUGUAGUUAGGUAACAGUUAGGGUUGGAGUUGAAGGAUGGCAUUCAGCUGAAUGGCAUUGUGCCGAUCUUUCACAAAUUGCAGUGCACUUUUCUUCACACAGGAAGAUACUGAGGGCUAAAGCCACUCACAGGCUACAGGGUCAAAUCUAGAUCCCUUAUCUCUAUCCUUCAUCACAGCACAAUAAAUCUUAAGAUCCUGUAUUCAAGAUCCAAAGUCUGUAUCAUCUAACUUGCAUACUUUUUAUAAACUGAAAAUAAUCCCUGGAAGAAGCUUUCAGUGGAAUAAUCUUUGGUUCUCUAUGCUGUGUGUGUGUGUGUGUGUGUGUGUGUGUGUGUGUGUGUGUGUGUGUGUGUGUGUGUGUGUGUGUGUGUGUGUGUGUGUGUGUCUUUUUUACAGUUGCUGCUUGAUAAAAUGUAACUGUACGAUAAUGAAGAGACUACGGGAAGGCACAACUAUUUAAUAAAACGUCCUGAUAUGUCAUUGCUUAAUUUGAAAGGAAACAUACAAUAUACUCAUUGGUGCGCAUAGAAGUACUGCUCUAGUUUAUCGUGUUUACAUGUUUGACUUCCCAUUUUAGCUUGGAUGAUAUUGAAGGCUGAAAGGAAAGAUCAAUGAGUUUCUGAAGGUACAAUUUUCAGUUUAUGAAGAAUUGUGGAUUAUAUGGAGUUUGUGGAGGAGCUCAGGAAAUUUUCUAUUGCUGUCCAUUGGUGUGUUCCUUCAUGUCCAUAAUAUCUGUUCUCCACUUCAUCAUCAUACCACACAUGUACACCACUCCUGAGCUCACAUCUCUAAACCAGAUGUCUUCCAUUGCUAUAUUCAAAACUACGGUGGCCCUAAAAAUAUUUGAAAACUUAAACCACCCUUAAAAUAUAUCAAUGUCGUUGCAUUAGAUAACAAAAUAUCAAAUCAAGUGUUUAUUGUAAAGAAUAAUAGCAUAAGUACAGUUUUCAAGCAAAACAUUUCACAAAAGAAAUUUUGUUCAAUUUUAAACAUAAAACGAUAGAUAUACUGUUAUAUUAUAUAUUUGGACUCUAAGUGGAACUUAUUGUCAACUACUAAAAAUUAGUUAAUUGCUAAAUAUGAUUGCAAAAAAAUGGCUUAGAAAAGUAGUUUUAUUCUUAGGAAAUCUUUUUGCAUCGGAUGCUACUUGGUUUGAUAUGUUGUUAUUUAAUGCAAUGAAAUCUGCAUUUAUAAGUGUCUCAAUACUUUCGGGACCGCUGUAAAUCCUGUGUACGGCGAUUCCUUUGUGCUGCUAGCUGAUCAAUUGCUAAUAAGCAUGAUAAGUGACAAAUUAUUUUGUACAGAUACAAACCAUUUUGUUUUGUUUUAUAAAUGUACAUACACCAAUUUUUUAUAUUUGAUUUAAGUUGUGUGAUUCCUUACUCUAUAAAUAUUAUUUAUAUAACUGUAUAUGUGUGGUUAUGAGUGUACAGUAUAUAUACAAGCAUAUAGUGUUGAGAAAACAAUCUUUUAUUUAAGUCAGUCCACAUUUGCAGAUAAUUCUUGUGCUUUGUGUAAAACAUACAACAGAUAUUUAGUCAAGAUAAAGGACAGGCUCAUGUUCAUGUUUAGCAAUGAAAAUCCUGUUUUAUUUCAAAUGUAAUGAGUUGCUCAUAUGUGCACUUGGGUUGUACAUUGUAUGUCAUUUGGACACUUAUUCAUGGUGGUUUAGCUCCCAAACACAUCAAGAGGGGAAAUCAAAGUUAAGUUGGGAACAUAGUUAGAACUUACCAUGACAUUCCACUUUUGUAGUCCUCUUUUUAUGGUUGUUAAUGACAGGGUCAGUUAUUCAUCAGUGCAUUUUCUUAGGUUUGGGAGAUUCUUUUACACUAGAGAUUUGUUAGGUCCUUCAUUUUGUGAAAUGUUCUUCUUUGAAUGUGUUUAUUGCAUAUUUGGAGUUGUUAAUAUUUUUCUGUUAAAGAGGAUUAUUUUAUUAUGGAAAUGUCUGAAUUUAUUUGUUUUUUUUUUU